AGUUGUGUUGAAGAUGUCCGGAGGUCUCGCGCGGACCCCCCGGACUCUGCUGGUCUGUGAUCGGUCCAGUUUCCUGCACGAGACGGACCGACUAAGCGCUCACGUGCAGCGACAGCACUUCAACUACAAGGUGUCCGUGCUGCUGCCUGAGUGUAGCUCCGCCCCCUCGCAACUGGACGUGGCAUUAAACAGUUUCAACAGUUUCUACCUGAUCAGAAAGCUGCCCGUCUUCGAACUGCUGGACAAACACUUCCUGGAGACUGCUGUGUACCCAGGAGGCGUGUCCGGUCUGUCCUACAGGACGAGGGUGGAUGAAGACACCUGCAUCGCUCUGACACCAAACGGUCAUCUGACUCUGUCUCUGGACAAAGACUCAUUCGAGUUGUUGGGAGUCGAAGGAAAACCGUCCAGAUUCAACCACAGAGCCGCCAUCAGAUACGUGGUGUCCGUGGAUCUGACCGCCCGCCGCUGGGCUCAGGGAGGGCGGGGCCACCAGAGACUCAUCACAGGCCUGUCACGACUUCACCUGGAAACGGACUUCGUGCUUACACUGCAGCCAGGGGGCGGAGCCUCCCUGCAGGCCCUCCUGUCUCGUUACGAUUGGUCGGAGCACAGACCUGAGGUCAGCAGCCGCGUCCUCACUAACCUGUCCUGCCACGCCCCCGGGUCAUGUGACCCCGCAUCAUGUGACCCGCACCGCCUCCUCGAGUGGCUCGGAGCCGUGGACGCCGAUGUCAGCUGUGAGAACUUGUCCAGCAGCUUCCUGUCCUCUCUGGUCUGUCCCGAGCCAAAGACAACAGUCAGUCAAGCUCUGAGCAUCUCCGUCUGUGGACUGCUGUGUCCUCAGGACGUCCACCAUCUCAUCCAACAGCUCAGGUGUUACCUAGAGCAGUCUCAGUUGGACUCAUGGGCGGCUCUGACGGUUCACGGGUUCGUGGACAGUCCCGUGUCCUGGGGCAGCGCCGAACACGGUGGAGGACACAGCUUCUACAGUCUGCUGAUGUCCCACGACCUCACCUACCAGCUGUACCUGGGGACAGACGCCAAGGACACCUGUCCUCUGUGACCUUACCUACCAGCUAUACCUGGGGACAAAUGCAAGGGACACCUGUCCUCUGCGACCUCACCUACCAGCUAUACCUGGGGACAGACACAAAGGACACCUGUCCUCUGCAACCUCAGCUGUCCUGUGUGUCCUCGGCUGUCCUCUGUAUAGGUAUAGGUGUCUCUAAUGAAAAUGUGUUUCUGAUGAUGAAAGUUGAGCUAUGAGGACAGUUUUUUUGUCCCUCAGCUGAGUCUUUCUGGACAGACUGAAACCUUUUUGAGUCGUUUUUUCAGAUUUACCUUCAGAUCUUUGUGUCUCUGUCCCUGUCUGUCUCUCUGUCUGUAUCCCUGUCUCUGUGUCGCUGUCCCUGUCUCUCUGUCUGUCUGUGUGUGUCCCUGUCUCUGUUUGCCUGUAACUCUGUGUCCCUGUCUCUCUAUCCCUGCCCCUGUCUUUGUCCCUGUCCCUGUGUGUCGAAGGCUCAGUGAGAUGAUGGUCAGUCGAGGGUUAAUAAAACUUCAUCCUGAUGAUUCAAAUGAAACAUCAAAGAAAACCAACAUUGAGUUUUUGGAGGGAAACCUGAAUAAUUCAGCCGCUGAGCUGAAAAUGGACAAAAGAUGAAAAAGGUUUUUCAUUUCGUGAUGCUGAAAUAUUUGAGUUAUCGUUAAAGUUUCAUCAGUCUGAAGUUUUUAGUUCUGUUUAAAGUCGCUUGAGCAAUAAAAGCAAAAUCAGCUGUUAAAAACACGUCGUCUCGUCUUUCCACCGAACAACAGAGAAGUUUUGAGAGAUGAAUCGAUGACUCGGAUCAUUACGGAGUCUUGAUGGUAUCGACAAAAUUAGAGCUGUGGUCCCUAAUCUUUACCGCGCUGACGUCCACUCUGAGGAAGUGAGCGUGUCAUGUCUUAUUUGCCGUCAUUCUUGAAGAGAUUUUUGUUCCUGAGGUUCAGGCUGAGCGCCGCGGCGCUGCCGUCAGCUCCAUGAGCCCGCCCACAUCUGACGUGUGAACGCCACACGCAGCAGCGGGCUAGUUCAGCUUCUGACCAACGCCGCACCGUGACAUCGUGACGCUGCGCCGUCUUGAUGUCUUGUCGCCGUAUCGUGUUCCACCAUCGAGAACGAGAGCGCCGCCGUCCUGUUACUUCGGUUUCAGUGUGACAUCAUCGCUGCCUCUGACAGAGCGAUGAUGUCGCUCCUCCCUGCAGGAAGUGGUCGGCUGCUCGGAAAUGAAGAACAGGAAGUGAUUAACAGCAGAAACGAAAAUAUGGUUUUAAUCUCAGAUGAUUUGAAGUUUUUACAUAAAAUAACAAAGUAACUGAAACAGGAGAGACGUCAGCUGAUCACAUGACCUGUCACAGGCCACGCCCACAUCUCCAUGCCAAUAUUUACCCAGAAUUCAUCACUGUCAAACACAGUUAAUUUCAAACCGGCUGCUGAUUGGUCCGCAGACGAGCCGGAAAUUAUCAUGAGUGACGUGAUUAUUAGUACUGUUAACAUUCUUGUUAUUAUUAUUAUUAUGUUUGUUAUUAUCAUUGUAAGUGUUAUUUUCAUUGUUACUGUUAUUAUUAUAAUUGUAGAACAUUAACCCUUAGAGACCUGGAGUAACGUCACUUUUCUUGGUUUGAUUUCUUUGGGAAACGCAGGAAAAAGACAUCGAGCAGCUUAUUUCUGGCUGAUUAAAUUUGAGGUGAUUUUGACUUUUGUUGGCCGGCUGGUUUUAAAGGCACAUUUUCUUUAAAAAUCAUCCAAAAUUUCAAAACAUAAA